AAUCCCCCAGGCAACCAAGGCGUUUGAAGCUAUCGCAACAGCAAUUGGACAGCAUGACAAAGGACGAGCUAGCAGCCAAGUGGCAUGAACAGGACUUGUAUGUGGAGUGUCUAGAGGCCCAGGCGGCAGCCCAGGAAGGUACUGAGAUCACAUGAGUGAGACCAUCUCACUCACCACAUUUCUUAAGCGAAUUUACGAAUGCCAGAACACAACGGUCUCUCGUAAGAGACAAGACUCUUAUAGGGACGCUAAGAAUAGGGACCAAGCGUUUUAUUCUUAAAGUGUUUAGGAUUCUAAUGACACUAAGUUUCUUAUAAGUCUUAAGAUUGAACAAAUCUUGAGGAAAUAAAUAGCAUAAUUAUGUAGGUGAAAUUCUUAAGAACACUUCUUAUGACAUUGAUAAGCGAACGUAAAUUGUAGAAAAUUUUAUGUAUCCGUCUAAGUAUUGGAUAGAUCAAUUUGGUAAUAUAUUUUUUAGAUACAGGUUAGUGAUAUGCUAAUAUUGUACAAAUUUUCAAAACUACAUUUGUGAUGUGUAGUGCGCGCAAUUAAAUUAACGCCAAUAUGUACCAGUGUUUGAUAUUUUAUCGGUGAGCAGAAGUGGUGUGACGGUCAUGUAUACCGCAUAUAUGAGAGAGUCUAAUACAGUAUUGCGCAAAUAAUGCAAAAUUUUAUUGCCUGGUGUUGAGUUGCGCUACCAUUGAUAUUAAAAAUUACUUAAUACUAAAAGCAAAGUGUAUUUUGGAAAAAAAAGUGAUAUUGUGUGACAAGAAGAGAUGACGAGGUUUCUUUGAAUGUGUUCACUAUAAAUCAUUCUUCUCGUCGCAAUAAACACACACAGCUUACUUUUAAUAUGAUCUUGUAAGUGACUGUGCAGUGUGCGCGUAUCUUUCUACAGUGUAGCAAACUACACUGCCAGAAGCAGGACAGUGCGUGCGUGUAUGUGUACAUUGGAUAUCGAGUUUCCACUUAGCGAGGAUUAAAUGAAAUACAACAUCCUUGCUGGCUCUGAAUUUACAACUCAGGAGAGUUAAAACAGAGGCCCUAUGUCAUCCCUUUGGCCUACAAAACACUGUGCCAGGGGUGAACUAACUUCAUUGAGAGAAUCUGAAAACAAAUACAGGCAGCAACAUGCAGAAGCAUCUCAUAGAGAAAAAAUUUUAGUCAGGAGACUUGCCUCUAAAGAGCAGGAACUACAGGAGUAUAUUAAUCAAAUUGCUGAAAUGAAAGCUGCUCAUGCUCCGUCCGCUGCCGCAUUAAGAUCUGCCCUACUAGAUCCAGCUGUUAAUAUUUUAAUCCAGAAAUUGCGGCAAGAACUUGUUACAACGAAAGCUAAAUUAGAAGACACCCAAAAUGAACUCAGUGCGUGGAAAUUUACACCGGACAGCAAUACGGGAAAAAGAUUAAUGGCAAAGUGCAGAUUAUUAUAUCAAGAAAACGAAGAAUUAGGUCGUAUGAUCGCCAGUGGCCGAAUUGCCAAGCUGGAAGGAGAUCUUGCACUUCAGAGAAGUUUCAGUGAAGAAAUGAAGAAAUCACAGUCAGAAUUAGAUGAGUUUUUGCAAGAUUUGGACGAGGAUGUAGAGGGAAUGCAGAGUACAAUUUAUUUCUUGCAACAGGAGUUGCGUAAAGCUCGUGAGUCGGUAACGUUGUUGCAGCAAGAAAAUGCAGCACUGAAGGCGAGUUCCAGUGAAAAUAACCUAACGAAUGGUUUGUCUCCACAUACACCACCGAUUAAGAAAGAGGAAUUGGAUGAAAAUUCAGUUUCGGAAACAAAGACUUCGAAGUCGACGGAGGAUAGUGAUGUGUGCAAAGGUGCUAGGACUCCACCGUUAUCAUCGGGACGGUCGCCUCAGUGUGAGUUCUCGAGUACUGAAAGAACAGAUCGUGUAGAACGAAAGCCUAAUCAAGCAGAUCAUAACGAUGAAAGCUCCAGUGACUCAGCCGCCUUGAUUAUUAAAGUUGAGAAUGAGGAAUUGAGUGAUAGGGAGGAAGAACAUGAAGAAAAUCGAAACAGUAAGAGGAUAUUAAGAAGCAAAAGUCAUAAUAGAAGUAACAGUAAAACUAAUGGGGAGGAGGUGCUAUCUAGAACAACAAGGGGUAGGGACAGGACCAAAAGGGACAAAAGUGCUCCAGGUAGUGAUGAUGAAAGGACACAUAAGAAAAAGAGAAGAGAGAGCAUCCUUUCUCUUGAUUAUAACGAAGCCGAUGAUGACGCAUUAGUUCUCACUAAUGGUGAGACGCUUCAAAGCGAUCCAGAAUGAACAAUUUUUUAGGAUGAUUUUAUACUCAUAACAUUUGUUACAUAUAAAUAGACCUUAACGUGAUUUGUUAUACCGUACAAGAUAAAAAUCUAAAUCUAACAUUCUAUUGAUCAUUCGAAAAUUCUAAUAUAAAUAAAGAAGAAAUAAAGAUCAUUGUCAACAAUUUGUAUUAUUUUUCAUGAUAUGCAUAUGUAAAUACGUUUCUUUUUCGAGUAUGCAUAAGUCACGUUAAUGCCAAAAAAAAGUAAACACGAUUACAUAUAAUAAUAUGUACACAAAAUAAUGCGGCGUUGGAAUAAAGGGAUAGAUAGUUGAAAUUAUUUCUUUUGGAAUUAAAUCAUAUUGAAAUUUUCAAAAAGAAACAUGUGUGACCAUGUAAACUAAUGCAUCAAUGUUUUUAAACGGCUCACUGUAAAUUCGUUAGGACACUGAUAGCAAUUGUUAGAUUUUUUGAAAGAAUCACAAAGGACAUGAAUAACAAUAAAACAAUAAUUAAGGGUAUGCCUUUCUAUUAUGUAAAUACACAAAUGUUAAUAUCUGAUACACGACGACGCACAUACGUAGAUUUAUACACGAUUUGUGCGCAAUAACUUGUAUGUAUGUAUUGUUUUUUUCAUUGCGAGACUCGCGUGUAGUCAUGCGUAACUCGUGCAUAAAAUGUGCUUUUAAUUGUGUAUAAUAAAAUUGAGGUCUAUUUGUUAGA